AUGUCCAUGGAUCAAGGCAGAGGGAGUGCUCUUCUUCUGCUAUAUCUGAGUGCAGCCUUUGAUACGGUUGACCAUGGAAUUCUCAAAGAUCAUUUGAGACAUUCGUGUGGCGUCGACGGAGUGGCACAUGAUUGGUUCAUUUCGUAUCUUUCGAGAAGGAGUCAAUCUGUGUCUGUGGGUGGUGCGUCGUCUGCCUCGUCAAACUUGGCUUUUGGCGCAGCACAAGGGUCAGUUUUGGGCCCCAUUUGUUUUGUGAUCUACGAGAUUCCGCUCUAUCACUUCGUUUCUUCGACGAAUGUGGACAUGCAUCAGUUUUCCGAUGAUACAAAAUACAGGAUCGACUUUCAAUUCUCUCCGGAUGCAGUUCAACAAAGGGAAGCCUUAUCCUCUUUGGCUGAUUGUGCAACCGUUACUGAAGACUGGUUUACGCAAAACCGAGUGAAAACGAAUAUGGACAAGAGUAUCCUCAUGUAUGUGUCAUCAACUAGGAGCUCAUCACAAUUUGAGUCGCUUCCUCUUCAAGUUGACGACAACGUUUUAGCACCCUCGCUGGUUGCUCUCAACCUCAGCUUCUCGAUCGAUAGUACUCUAUCUAUGAUUCCGCAAGUGAAAGAUGUGUGUCGAAAGGCGAUCUUCCAGCUGCGACGGAUUGGCAAGGUCAGGAAAUACCUCACUAAGGCUGCUGCGAAGAGUUUGAUUCAAGCACUGGUGCUGUCUAAUUUUGACUACGCUAUUAAUGCGUUACUGUUUGGUCUGCAAAACGAGCUUCUGGAGCGCCUGGAGAAAAUUAAACGCUUGGCCGCUAGGCUAGUUGUCGGUGCGAAAAAGAAUGACCGCAUCACUUCUCAUAUGAAGGCGCUACAUUGGCUUCCUUUACGCCAACGCAUCGUCUUCAAGCUGAUGGUGCUGACAUACAGAUUUCUGAAUGGAACUGCUCCUCGCUAUCUUUCAUCCCUUGUAAGCCGUUGCCAUCCGCUACGCAGUCUUCGAUCGGCUACCUCGGGAAAGCUAAAUGUUCCAAACAUCAAAUCGGACCGUUAUGGUGGGAGAUCCUUCUCCAGGGCGGCGCCUGUUCUAUGGAACGAAUUGCCGCUGUCCGUGACAUAUGCCACGGACCUGAAAUCUUUUAAAACAAGCCUGAAACUCAUUUGUUUCGUGUAG